AUGCGCAGGUCUAGCACCGAUGAGUCGACCUAUCACAGGAGCCCUUCCCUGGACAGCAAGGAUUACAGUUUCCCAAAUGGCGCCUUUCGUCGCUACAGCAGCAUGUAUGGUGGCCAGUUUGGGGCUGCCAGCAACUCUUUUUUUGGAUUCCACACCAACCCAGGCCCUAAGGCCACCAAGGCUAAGUACACGUCCCCCAAGGGAAACAAGUACGUUGUCUUUUACCUGGAUCUCUCAUUUAUUUUUCUCCUAGAAUUGAAGAGGUGCAGCAUGGCUCACAACUGCCUGCAGUGUAUCAAGUACCUAAUGUUUGUCUUCAACCUUCUCUUCUGGUUGGGAGGCUGUGGAAUCCUUGGAGUAGGCAUCUGGCUGGCUGUUACCCAAGGGAACUUUGCCACCCUCUCCUCUUCCUUCCCGUCCCUGUCAGCUGCCAACCUACUGAUCGUCACAGGGACAUUUGUCAUGAUCAUUGGCUUCGUGGGCUGCAUAGGCGCCAUCAAAGAAAACAAGUGCCUCCUGCUGAGCUUUUUUAUCAUGCUGUUAAUUAUAUUUCUGUUGGAGCUCACUGUUGUGAUUCUGUUCUUUGUCUACACCGACAAGAUUGACAAGUAUGCUCAGCGGGAUCUGAAGAAAGGGCUCCAUUUGUAUGGGACAGAUGGAAAUAUUGGCCUAACUAAUGCAUGGAGCAUCAUUCAAACAGAUUUCAGAUGCUGUGGAGUCUCCAACUACACUGACUGGUUUGAAGUGUACAAUACAACCCGAGUGCCGGACUCCUGCUGCUUAGAAUUCAGUGAGAACUGUGGACUCCAUUCCCCAGGGACCUGGUGGAAAGCGCCUUGCUACGAAACAGUGAAAAUAUGGCUCCAGGAAAACUUACUAGCAGUGGGAAUCUUUGCAUUGUGCACAGCUAUGGUGCAGAUUCUCGGACUCACCUUUGCAAUGACCAUGUAUUGUCAGGUAGUCAAGGCAGACACCUACUGUGCAUAGAUACCAUUCCCAAUCUUUCUGCUCCUCCUCCAAAGGACACAGGAGAAAUCUCCUUCAUGCUCAUUCAUCUGACCUUCCCCCCCCUCCCCCCCUUUGUACUAUAAACUGUGUAUAAUGCUAUCUUUCUGAAGAUUUUGUGAAUCACCCCACUUUACUGAAGGAGGAAGAAAAGUCAGUACUUGAACUGGCACAGGUAAGAAGCAGCCUUGUCUUUAAACAGAAGAAAACCUCCAAAGAGCAAUGGUUCCUUUUCUGUGGCCUAUGGGAAAGGCAAAGGAGGCUGCUUAUGAGGGGCUGAUCUGCAAACCAGUGUUAGGAAAAGGUUGCACUGAGGCAACCUCUGCAAAACCUGCCAGGUUACCUUCCUGCAUUUCAUGGUCUGGACGAGAAGGUGUAGAAAAUGAGCGUUCUUCAGCACAGAAAGAAGGUACAGAGUAGCUAGCACUGAAUGCAGUUGUAAUUUUACCACAGUUUGCACACAGCUAAAAUGUCAAGAUCAAGCAGCCCUGCCUCCAAGUGUCUCAAGAUGAUUUUGUAGCCAGGAGAGGAUCAUCUUCAGAAAUAUGUUAUUUUAAAGGAGUAUUUUUAGUCUUACGCACUGCAAAGUCAGGCUUUUAAUCAGAAUCUGUACAGUGAGAUCUGGCUGUUAAGGGAAAACAAUAUUGGACAUUGUCUCACUUAUUAAUUGCCAGUGGCAUAUAGAUGGUUGACUGUAUAUGUAAUAUAUAUUACAUUCAUAUACACAUACUGUUCUGAAAGGAGGUGAAAAUACCCAGCAUCUAACCUCAGAAAGAGGGAACCUUUCUCUAUCCCAUUUUACAUUCCAACUGAAAUAACUGAGUAUUAUUUCUUGUAGGAGGCACUAUCAGUUAUACCUCUGGGAAACAAGUAAUUACUUUCAGCUGUAUCUUUAUUUCAGUAAACAACUUGUGAGUGGGCUC